GCUUUACGUUCUGCAGACACGCGCAAUGAUAGCCGGAAGCAUCGAUGGGAGGAAAAUAAAAAUCGAUUAAAUCCACCUGAAUUCGCGAGUGUAAACCUCUCACUUUCUGCUCUUUUCUCCGUAAAUCAUCGGCCUCUGGCGCUGCCAGUGUGCGGGGGGAGCCGCUGAGGAGCGGGGAAGCUGCUCCGUUUCAACCAAGUUGCUCGGCAGGGGUUUAGCUGACGUGUGGAGAAGUUGAGACUGCCACCGAGCAGAUAAACAAACAUAAACAAGCGGCGAUCAGCUGAGCGGCUGUCCGAACCGAGCCAGCAGCACGGAGCGGUGUUAGGGAGAGCGGCUCCCCUCUGCCGGAGCCCCCACCAUGAUCCACAGGAGACGCUGACUUUACACUGAUACCAGGCUCCAUGUCAACUGUCAACACAAAGAAUAUCCGAGGCUCAACACGAGGAGCAGCAGCCACAGGCUUUAGCAGAAAACCUCUCUGCUCCUGGCACUGUCUCUUUGUCAAGACAUAGCACGGCUAGCAUGGACAGCCGGUGAGGUUAGCUUCCAGAGUGCAGCUGUAACCAAACGAAUCCAUAUCACAGUGCGAGGAGACGGAGUGUCAGACGUGGGAUCACCAUGGCCCACCAGUCAACCCCGAGUUCCCAGAAGGCCCUGAUGAUGGAGCUGAAGUCCCUGCAGGAUCAGCCGGUGGAGGGCUUCCGCAUCACUCUGGUGGAGGAGUCUGACCUCUACAACUGGGAGGUGGCCAUCUUCGGGCCCCCAAACACCCUGUACGAGGGGGGGUAUUUUAAGUCUCACAUCAAGUUUCCAGUUGACUAUCCAUACUCCCCGCCAACCUUCCGCUUUCUCACCAAGAUGUGGCACCCCAACAUUUAUGAGAACGGAGAUGUGUGCAUCUCCAUCCUGCACCCUCCUGUUGACGACCCUCAGAGCGGGGAGUUGCCCUCUGAAAGGUGGAACCCCACCCAGAACGUCAGGACCAUCCUGCUUAGUGUGAUCUCGCUGCUCAAUGAGCCCAACACGUUCUCCCCAGCCAAUGUUGAUGCCUCUGUCAUGUUCCGUAAAUGGAGAGACAGCAAAGGCAAGGACAAGGAGUAUGCAGAGAUUAUCAGGAAGCAGGUGUUGUCAACAACGGCAGAGGCUGAGCGAGAUGGUGUCAAAGUGCCGACCACGCUGGCGGAGUACUGCAUCCAGACCAGGGUUCCCUCCCAGGACAGCAGUUCAGACCUUCUCUAUGACGAUCUCUAUGACGACGACAUGGAGGAGGAGGAUGACGAGGAUGACGAGAGCGAGAUGGAAUCUGUAGGCGAAGCCGGUGGGAUCAGCGGCAUGGAGGAUGGCGGGAUGUCCACCAGACGCUACGACAACCAGGACGACUCUGGCAAUGAAGACUCGUGAUGAUCUGGAUCAGAACUCCCCCCUGCCAACUCCCACACCACUCCCCUGUUAAGUUACAAUAGUGUGAGUGUGUGUGUGUGUGUGUGUGUGUGUGUGUGUGUGUGUGUGUGUGUGUGUGUGUGUGUGUGUGUGUGUGUGUGUGUGUGUGUGUGUGUGUGUGUGUGUGUGUGUGUGUGUUUGCACACACAGUGGGGUCAAAAGUCUACUGCCAAAAUAUUUUCAUCAUUUAUUAAACUUGUACAGAGGAUUGGUCAAAUAAUAGUUCUGUCAGGUACUGUUUUCACUGAAAGUCAGAUUUCCACCGUUUGCCUUAAUUACAGCUUGCACUGCAUCGGUCCAGCAUGAAAUGUCUGGCAGAGUCUGAGAAUUGAAAUGAAUCCAGCCUUGUUUGAGGGAACGCCAAGAGCGUUUCUGAUGUUGCGUUACAUUUUCACAUUUUUAAAUGUGGAGGCCGAGGAUCCAUCUUCUGCCUCACAGUUUAGAAAUGAUGGCAUGCUUCUGCAGAGUGGAGCAGUAUUAGUUUAUGGUCAGGGAGUGAUUAAUCAUGUGCAAGAGUUCAGACAAGGAAAAACAUCCACACACAUUUUUAUUUUCACCACCAUGUUCAACUCAAGGUUUUAAUUUCCUGCUUUACUUUCUCAUGCAGCUCCUCACAUACUUUAUUGUAACCAGUCUGGUGGAGUCUAAACCAUUAUAGUUUUUUGCUGCAGCUGAUUGAUCUUUUAACUUUAGUUUUGUUGCACCGAUUUGCAUCUUGGAUGCUGAUGCAGUUCUUUCUGGAGAUGCUGGGUAGGUCUGUGUGGUCCCUGUUUGGAGGAAAACAAAGAAAAACUGUUUGUCGUGGGCAGGCAUUAGAACGAGUAACCACCACAAAAAUGCAACAUUGUGUAGGAACAUACAUGUGUUGAUAUUUGAAAUUGAAUUCAGCAAUAAUUUUAGUAUAUCUUUCCAUUACAUAUACCAGUGAUUUAAUUUUAGGAAUUACCCCACCCCCCACCCCCCCAAAAAUAAAAAAUCACAUUUUCAAAUUCUAUAGGACGUAUUUUUUAUUUGAAAACUAUUCAAAUUAAGUUCAUUUAGGAUUUUGAUAAAUGAUGAAAACAAACUGUCUGUGUGGUGGUCUCUUGAACCCCACUGUAUCUGGACGGCUCUUUGUCUGCUGACAUGUCAGUCUGUAUGGUUUUGUGUUGAAAGACUGUCUUUUUAUGUACAUCUCAGUUGACAUUUUGUCCUUCUUAACUUGUCCCUUGUUUUCUCUGGGAUGGCUCAGACGGUCGGGUUAAUGGACACUUUCAUGUGUCGGCUCAUCCACCAGAUGAUGAACUGGGCGUCUUGCCUCGUCACUGUCCCAUGUCAGAAUAUCUCUGUCUCUUAACACCUUUCUAUUCAACUUUGAUGCAAUCAACUUCAACUGACAAACACAGGCUACGCUGUGCCACCCCCCUCCUGUACCUACCUUUACUUGUGUCCAUCACAUCUGUUCCUUCAUUGCUCCAAGCAGCGUCAUUUGUUGUGGGGGUGAACAAGGUAAAGACCUUUGCUCACACCACCUCCUAGACCUCUCUCUGCCUCUUAAACCUCAGGGCCUCAAUAGAUUUUCACUGAGAGAAAGAAAAGUCAUAGAGAAACCGAAGACACAAACUGCGACUCACCGGCACCGUUUUUCUUAUUUUCUGGGUGUUAUUAGAGAGCAGAGAGUGAACUGAAGUCUCCAAACCCACCGCCUGCGUGUUUACACAUGACUGAGUGUUGCUGUUGGUCCUGAUUAGGGUUAUUUGCAGUAGUUUUCUUCUUGGUAGGCUAGAGUCAAAAUUGAAGAAAAAAAUCUAAAUACACCUGUAGGGACUUUGUCCUCAAGCCAGUGGUCACAUUAUGUUGCAAUAGAUGUGGAAAUGUUACAUUUUGCGCUGUGACUCCAAAUCAUGCUUUAAAUAGUGAAAACUGGACGUUGUUACUGUGCUGAAUCACUUGCAAAGAUCAACAGGGACAAAAUCAACAUGCAGCUUCGCUACACACGCAUUUGAAUGAAUAUGACACUGAUUGCCUGUUAUUUGUGUGUGUGUGUGUGUGUGUGUGUGUGUAUCUACAUUAACUAUUCAUCCAUUGACUGUGAUGUCAGGGUUUUUAUGUUCCUGUCUCUGUGGAAUCGGUCUGUCACACAAGUGAGUUUGCCCAAAUGACCCUUUGGGCUUUGUCCAGUUGAGAAAACAUUCAGUGUGUUUUCCCUGUGCUGCUUCAGUGAGUCUGAAUUCACUGAGAAUUUUGACUGAUUUAAAAAAAAAAACACCCUCCAAAUAUUAAACUUGUGAAGACACUGAACAGACUAAUAUGACCCGUAUGGCAUGGAGUAAACUACACGUUUGAGCUGGGUAACAGUUGUGGGUGAGAAUCAUUUGCCCUGUUCAACACGACGGACGGAGCGCUGGGACACACCUUUGAUUCACACGGCUGGAUUUUAUGCAAAGUUCAAAGAAAACCCCUGCGACUGCUCAUGUUAAAGACUAUGGAGCCAUGGAUGCAUGUAGUAGAUUUAACGCUGUUUGAAUAAACUCUUCGAGAGAUUCCUUUUGGAUUUUAAUGUGAAGCCAAAGGAGAGGAACACUUUCUCCCGGCCCGGCCGGCCGCUGAGCUUUAGCGGCCCACAGAGAUUAGAUUCUGCGGAGGACUCGGAGAGGACGUCUUCUGAACCGGAUCUUACUUGGAUUUGAUAUCAAGGCACAACAGGAAGUGGAGCGACGCCAGAGAUUCUGAACUUUUAUUAAUGUGGUACCCAUGUUUGCCCAUUCAUCACCAUAAUGGAGAAGUGAAACUAUAGUCGGUAACAGAAAGAACCAAUCUCAUGUGUGCCUUCAAAAGGGAUAUUUUGUUAUUUGGGUGAAUAUGCUUAUUUGCUUUCUGGUGGCGAGUUAGAGAGACCAAUACCAUCUCAUGUCUGUUUGUUCAGUAUGAAGCUAGCAAUUAGCUUAGCUAAUCACAAAGACUGAAAAUAUCCAGCAGUAACAACAUCCACAGCAGCACCAGUUCAGCUUAGUGAUUAAUAUAUCGUCAACAACUUAGGAGCAAAGAUUACAGUUUGUCAUUUGUCAUAUACUUGUCGGGGUCUCUGCUCAUAGCCUGACCACUGCUUUGAGCAAAUCGUCCACCACAUAAAAUGGCAUAAAACGAGUUUGGUUUGGAUAAAAAAUAUAUUAAUGAUUAAGCUGUAGGUGCCGGGAGGCUCAUUUUGGGAAUCCUAGACAGGAACAGGCUGCUCGCUGUGGCUUUAUAUGGAACAGGCAGCCAUGAUGAGAGCAGUAACAGUCUUCUCAUCUAACUCCCUGCCGAAAAGUGAGCACGCAUAUUUCUUCAAAAUAUUUGACUAUUCCAAUUUACUAUUAAAAACUAAAACUACAGCCAGCAGCAGAUUAGCCUUGUCACAAAGACUGGGACAGUACUACCUCUGUCCAAAGGUAACAACAUUUACCAGCACUUUUGAAGCUCACUAAUUAAUAUAUUGCUGGUAAUUCAAAAAACAACGUAUAUUUAUAUCUAGUAAAAACAAUUCGGUGCCAGAUCAUUUCUCUGCUAGUGGUUUCCCUCUGUUUCCGGGCCUCGUGCUAAGCUAAGCUGACCAGCGGCUUGCAGCAGCAUCAUAUUUCACUGACAUACAUGAGAGUGGUUUCAAUCUUUUCAUCUAACUCUCAAGUAAUCAAAGGGUGUCCCCCAAAAUGUGGAUUUCCUGCUUUAAAGCCAAGUUUUUGCCUCUGAUUGCAAGUUAAAAAUCUGAAUCUGCAUCAUUGUUUUUGUUAGUGUAAAGUCCAGGCGUAUUACAGCCCUCACAUUAGUAAUUCCAUGAUCAGUCUAGAGCGCUGCGAUAUUAGAAUCAUCCACGUAAAUGUUUGCCUUGAGUUUUACAAUGAGUGCAGGUGUAGCAAAGAUAAGGAGGGACAGGGAUUCCCGAACUCAACCCAAGUAAUGACACACACAAAAAAUGGAUCACAGUCUAGGAUGUUGAGAUAUUACUCUAUACACACUGUUGCGUACAAAAAAGACUGAAUGACAUCAUUUAGUUCAUCUAAUCCGUGUGUGUGAGCAUGUGUGUGUGCACAGGUGUGUGUUUUUUGAAGUUGGGGGGGGGGGGUCAACACUGUGCGGUCCCCCUGAGGCCUUCGCACAGUCACACAUGUAAUGGAAUGAACUUUCCACAAUGCUACCACUAGCGUGUACACACCUAUUGAUGUUAAUGCUGUCCUUGUUGGUUUCAUCUUUGAUUUUAUUUCAUUAUUUUCCUCCAAAUUUUGUGUUUGUGAGGAUGCAAACGUCACUCAUAAAGUUUCUAUUGUAAAAAAAAAAAAAAAAAUACAUUGUUGGGUUUGUUUGCGAAAUUGCUUUGGUAUCUGUUGCUAAGCCUACAUGUCAUGCAGAACAGGCAACACAGCGACCUGGUAUUUGGGGUAGAAUUAGGAGUGAUAUGCAAGUGGAGGGGUUUCAGUUAUUGUGGUUAAGUUGGAAAAUGAUUCAAAAAUAAAUCAGUAUGUCAUUAAAAAAA